CGUGCCUCCAAACCGCACAGCCACCGGCCCACGGAGGAACACACACCCCACCGCGGACGGAGGAGGCUCAGCCGCUCAGAGGCGAGGCAAGACAGGGGCUCCCGGCUUCCGACUCCGGGGGCGUCGCGAGGACGGCGGCUAGUCGAGAAUGGAGGCCGCGGUGCCCAGCCGUAUCGCUCUCUCCGCCCGCAUCAUGAACCACCACGUGGUGGCAGCAGGAGGUAGAUCCUCUAUUUACAGGGGAAGGUACCCAAAUAUCGCCAUUCCUAUUGUAGUCACAGCAGCAGGCAAAGGUGGUGGCGUGCUUGAUCGACCAGCAGAGAAAAUUUCACCUGGCCGUCAGUCUGAAUUCGAUGUGAAGAAAUCCCGGAAAAUGUCUCCUCCAUACCGUGUCGUCCUGCACAAUGACAACGAAAACAGGCGUGAGUAUGUGGUCCAAGUCCUGAUGAAGGUUAUCCCGGGGAUGACGGUCGACAACGCCGUUAAUAUCAUGCAAGAGGCACACGUGAAUGGGUUGGCAGUGGUUAUUGUCUGCUCUCAGUCUGAAGCCGAAGAGCACUGUACGUCACUCAGGGGCAAUGGCCUCCGGAGCUCAAUCGAACCGGCAAGUGGUGGCUGCUGAAAAAAGGGUUCCUGUUUUUGCCUCUAAAAGUCUGUAGAUAUAGCUGCACUGCAUGCUCAGAUAAACUGCAAUGAAUCACACAAAGUUACUGUUAGGAGUGACAUGAGUAACUCCUGGCAGAUGUAAAUCAUGUAGACCAAUUAUAGUGUCCUCAGUUAUGAAAUUUUAGUUACACUAAUUGGAGGUACCACAUUAGAGUAAUUGCUGCCUACUGUCAACUCGUGGGUUUUGUUUAGGCUGCACAAGAUAUGGUGCGCCAAGGCUCCUGCUGCUUUUGCUUUCAAGGCUUCUGAAGAUAUCGGUUAUUCAGUCU